AUGGAGCAUUUUUGGAACCGGUGGAAAUCCGAGUAUAUAACGACCCUAAGAGAGUUUCAUCGCCAAACAGGAAACAAUUUACAAACUAUUCAAGUUGGAGAUGUAGUGCAAGUCCAAGAUGAUAAAUUACCGAAAAAACGAUGGAACAUUGCCGUUGUUGAUGAAUUGAUCACCGGAAACGAUGGUUUUACACGAGCAGCUAUAAUACGAACUAGUGCAGGACGUACUUCGCUUCCUAUAGUAAAACUGUACCCGCUCGAAAUCCGAACAAACAUUAACAAUUUAGAUGACAAAAAUGAUGAUACUUCAACAGAGAGAUUGACAAGAGUUCUACCAAAACGAGAGGCAUCUGUCCGAGCACGAGAGAACAUCAAGGAAUGGACUACCCAAAGGUGA